CUCCCUGGGCACCGGAGUCAUGUGACCCACACAAUGGCCGAGCGCCCACUGCAGGCUUCCCGGCAACGCCGAGGGAAAGCCAUGACGGCCGCCGCGGGUUCGGCGGGCCACGCCGCGGUGCCCCUACUGCUGUGCGCGCUGCUGGUGCCCGGCGGCGCGUACGUGCUGGACGACUCCGACGGGCUGGGCCGGGAGUUCGACGGCGUCGGGGCAGUCAGCGGCGGCGGGGCAACCUCCCGACUUCUAGUAAAUUAUCCAGAGCCCUAUCGUUCUCAAAUAUUGGAUUAUCUCUUUAAGCCAAACUUUGGUGCCUCUUUGCAUAUUCUAAAAGUCGAAAUAGGUGGUGAUGGGCAGACAACAGAUGGUACUGAACCCUCCCACAUGCACUAUGCAUUAGAUGAGAAUUAUUUCCGAGGAUAUGAGUGGUGGUUAAUGAAGGAAGCUAAGAAGCGGAACCCUAAUAUUAUACUCAUGGGGUUGCCAUGGUCAUUUCCUGGAUGGCUAGGAAAAGGUUUCAACUGGCCUUACGUGAAUCUUCAGCUGACUGCCUACUAUAUCAUGACCUGGAUUGUGGGUGCCAAGCAUUAUCAUGAUUUGGACAUUGAUUAUAUCGGGAUUUGGAAUGAGAGGUCAUUUGACAUCAAUUAUAUCAAGGUGUUAAGAAGAAUGCUGAACUAUCAAGGUCUUGAUCGAGUGAAAAUCAUAGCGAGUGACAAUCUCUGGGAGCCCAUUUCUGCUUCCAUGUUGCUUGACUCUGAGCUUUUGAAAGUGAUUGAUGUUAUAGGAGCUCAUUAUCCUGGGACCCAUACAGUAAAGGAUGCGAAGUUGACUAAGAAGAAACUUUGGUCUUCUGAAGAUUUUAGCACUUUAAAUAGUGAUGUGGGCGCAGGCUGCUUGGGUCGCAUAUUGAACCAGAAUUAUGUCAAUGGCUACAUGACUGCCACAAUUGCUUGGAAUUUGGUGGCUAGUUACUAUGAACAGUUGCCUUAUGGACGAUGUGGAUUGAUGACUGCUCAGGAGCCAUGGAGUGGGCACUAUGUAGUAGAGUCUCCUAUCUGGGUAUCAGCUCAUACCACUCAGUUUACUCAACCAGGUUGGUAUUACCUGAAGACAGUUGGUCAUUUAGAGAAAGGAGGAAGCUACGUGGCCCUGACAGAUGGCUUAGGUAACCUCACCAUCAUCGUUGAAACUAUGAGCCAUAAACAGUCUGCUUGUAUAAGGCCGUUUCUGCCUUACUUCAACGUGUCACAUCAGUUCGCUACCUUUGUUCUUAAGGGUUCUUUUAGUGAAAUACCAGAGCUACAGGUGUGGUAUACGAAGCUUGGAAAACCAUCUGAGAGAUAUCUUUUUAAACAACUGGAUUCUCUAUGGCUCCUCGACAGCAGCAGCACUUUCACCCUGGAGCUUCAGGAGGAUGAGAUCUUCACACUCACUACUCUCACUGUGGGGAGCAAGGGCAGCUACCCGCUGCCUCCCAAGUCCGAGCCUUUCCCGCCAAUUUAUGAAGAUGAUUUCGAUGUUGAUUACCCAUUUUUUAGUGAAGCUCCGAAUUUCGCUGAUCAGACUGGCGUCUUUGAAUACUUUACGAACAUUGAAGACCCUGGAGAGCAUCGUUUCACACUGCGCCAAGUUCUCAAUCAGCGGCCCAUUACCUGGGCUGCUGAUGCAUACAAUACCAUCAGUAUUAUAGGAGAUUACAAAUGGUCCAAUCUGACUGUAAGGUGUGAUGUUUACAUAGAGACUCCUGAGAAGGGAGGCGUGUUCAUUGCCGGAAGAGUAAAUAAAGGUGGUAUCUUGAUUAGAAGUGCCAGAGGAGUUUUCUUCUGGAUUUUUGCAAAUGGAACCUACAGAGUUACAGGUGAUCUAGCUGGAUGGGUCAUAUAUGCUUUAGGACAUGUUGACGUUACAGCAAAAAAAUGGUAUACGCUCACGUUAAUUAUUAAGGGCCGGCUGUCCUCUGGCAUGCUGAACGGCAAGACUGUCUGGAAGAACAUCCCUGUGAGUUUCCCGAAGAACGGCUGGGCCGCCAUUGGAACUCACUCCUUUGAAUUUGCACAGUUUGACAACUUUCAUGUGGAAGCCACGAGAUAAUAUUCACAGAGUACCCUAGAACCACUCUUUGGAUUUUCUUUCUUUCUUUUUGGUUUUGAUUCAGAGCCAAUUCUUUUGAUGGAUCAAUGUGUGAGCCUCUUGGAGGCCAACAAUAGUGAAGAGUAAAUGGGGAGAGAACUAUAUCUUUGUUUGAUCUUCUGGAAGAUAUUCUUAGAAGUAAUGCCCAGGGGAACCAGAUGGAUCUUAAAGAUUAACCUGAUAUGUCCUCUAGAAUUCAAGCUGUGCAGUGGUCCUAUUGUUAGAGGAGUGGUUUGGGUGGUUCCCACCUCGAACCCUUGGCAUUCAUGCUGAGAUGGCUCUCUUCCUCGUACGUGCAAGGGAUCGUGCUGACGGCAGGAACUUGAUCAUCACAGGAACGGACUGUGUGUCUGAGUGAGCAGAUGGCCUCAUCCCGAGGUAAUGCCACACUAUAGGAAGCUGAAGAACACUGGAAGUGCUGCUUUUUGAAAACCACUUAAACACAAUAAUCUUACACUCUAGAGAGUAUUUUUUCUUUUCCUUUAUAUAAUGAUGCUUUUAAAUUAUAAAUAUGAGUGGAUGAUUUAGAAAAUGCCUCAUUAAUAAACUACCUCUCAAGCUAUUUCUGCAGUAAUAAAUAUGAGCAGAUUAAUUUGGUUAUCUGCAAUUUUUAAUUCUUUUAGAUCCAACCUUUAGUCUUGUAACCCUUAAAACUCUGUGAACAUUUUCCCAGGUGGCUGGAAGGAGGAAGAAAAUCCCAUGUAGCCAGCGCUGUACGUGGGUCUUAAAAUGAAGCUAUAAGCUGUUUUCUUGUCUCAUUUUGUUGUGCCUUUUGCAGCCUGUCUUCUUGAAUGCCACUGGUAACAGACUACAGCUAACAAAUUCUUUAAUCUUUGUGCUCAGAAGAUCAGGAACACUUAGGUUCUGCUAGCUCAUAGAAUUGGAUCAUUCUGUAAUAAUCUCUGAUUAGAUGCAUUUAUUUCAUGAAAGUUUAUACUUAAGUGUGGGGAGCAUAUAUCUCACGCAGUAUGAUUUAUAUCUAAGCAUUAGUGGACCUCCUAGAAACAACUCAGUUGUUCAUGUUGAUACAGUAAAUUCUGGAAUUCUCUCUAAGGAAAGUUCAAAACUUCACUGCACUAAUUCUAUAAUUUUGAAAUUUGUAAUUAUUUAACAUAGACUAAACUGACAUGAAGUUUUAUAUUUCUACUAAAUUCGAGAAACAAACUAUUAGAAUAUAUCAGACUAUAGAAAAAAAUUUUAAAUUAAAUCCAAGUCUAAGUGAUUUCCACUUAAGGUCUCUACAGAUUUUUUUAAGUUAACUUUAUUGUAUAAUUUACAUACAAUAAAACGUUCCCAUUUAAAGUAUGCAAUUCAGUGAGUCUUGAUGAGUAGAUACACCCACAAAACCAACACUCCAACCAAGAUAUAGAACAUUUCCAUAUGCCCUAGAAAGUUCUUAUGUGUACCUGUGCAGUUAUAUCUCUCACCUGCCCCCAUCUCAGGCAACCAUCUAUUGGAUUUCUGUUGCUGCCGAUAAGUUUUCUUUGUUCUAAAACAUUAUAAAAGUGGCAUCCUACACUAUGUACUCUUUUGUGAAUGGUUUCUUUCAUUCAGCAUAAUGCUUUUGAGAUUUGUCUAUGUUGCUAUGUAAUGUAUAUUAAUGAUUUACUUCUUAUUUCAAAGAAUAUUCCAUUGUAUGGUUAUACCACAAUUUGUUGUCCUUCUCCCUAACUUUUUGGAAUCACAAAUAAACCUGUUAUGAACAUUUGU